GUGAAGACUCGUCUGUAAAGGGAGAUAUAGGAGAAAAGGUGUCGGCACAGCCUAAAUCUAUCAUCUGACGACAGAAUGAGCCCUCCAGACACAUCCAACAGCACGAGCGAAGGGGAGGCUGGUGAAACAGAUCCCUGGUUUCUUCUCAACAACAGCAUGGGUUUACACACACCAGGUUUCCACACAGACAUCACCAAGCACAUUGGAGUCCAGAUCACCCUGAUCGCAGCAUAUUCCCUAAUCAUUCUGCUGGGGCUUAUGGGAAAUGCUCUUGUCAUCUACAUGAUCAUUCGCUACAGAAACAUGCGAACAGUGACCAACUUCUUCAUAGCAAACCUGGCCCUGGCAGACCUCCUGGUGGACACCCUCUGCCUGCCCUUCACUCUGGUUUACACUCUGCUGGAUGAGUGGAAGUUUGGGGCUGUGUUGUGCCACAUGGUGCCGUUUGCCCAGGCCCUGAGUGUGCAUGUAUCCAUCCUGACCCUGACUGUCAUCGCUCUGGAGCGAUACCGCUGCAUCGUCUUCCACCUUGGCCGGCGCCUUACAUGGCAUUCCAGCUUUCUCAUCAUGACACUCACCUGGACUAUGUCAGCAAUCCUGGCAGCGCCCCUGGCCAUCUUCAGAGAGUACCGCCAUGAAGAGAUCCCUUCCAUCAACCUGCGUAUCUCCGUCUGCUCUGAGAAGUGGCCCCACGGGACCAGCAGGGACGGGGUCAUCUACAGCCUCUCAAUGCUGCUCCUGCAGUACAUCCUUCCCUUAGCCAUCAUCAGCUAUGCUUACAUCUGCAUCUGGGUCAAACUGAAGAACCAUAUCAGCCCGUCCACCCGUAGUGACAGCAUCAGACGCCGCAAAAAGACCACCAAGAUGUUGGCGCUGGUGGUGGUGGUGUUUGCUAUCUGCUGGCUGCCAUUCCACGUGUUUCAGCUGGCCAGUGAUCUAGACCUGGUGCUCAGGUUUAAGGAGUACAAACUCAUAUACACAGUGUUCCAUAUCAUUGCUAUGGGUUCGACUUUUGCCAAUCCUGUCCUGUAUGGGUGGAUGAAUAAAAACUACAGGAAUGGCUUCCUAAUGGUGUUUCGUUGUGAGGAUAAGCCAGAUGCUUUCCACCCCGAAGGCUCCUUCAGGACACGCUCCUUAAGAAGGCUGACACUGAAUGGCCGUAAUGGUGGACAUCCUCCAACUGCUGUUUGAGAUUAGCACAAUUUAAAAUGCCUGUAGGAUGUGACUGAGCACAUUUAACACACCUCCGGUUUGUGGUGCUUAUGGUUGAAAAGUAGUCUUUUGACUUGAAUUGCCUGAUUAUGAGUAUAUCUGGGACUAGAGAGGGCUCAGAGCUUUGCAUGCAAAUUGCUUUAUGUAAGGCUUUUCUUUCCUUUGUGAAUGGUACUAGUUAAAACACAUCUGUCUAACCUGUUCAAAUACGUAAUUAGGAUGUUUACUAGGCUGUUAGAGAACUUGGUACAAUGUAAUAUGUGUCUCCUGUAACUGCAGAGCUGUUGUUGAUAAGUUAUGUCCAAUUAAUAAUGCAUUCCAUUGCAAA